CAAUCUAGAAGGUGGCGGUAAUAGCAGCAGAAGAAGUACCCGGCGGAAGUUGUCAUUCUCUUCCGAAGUAACGGAAGAAAGGCGGAAAUGAUCCAACUAUCUCUAAUCUUGGACCAUGCUUGAAUGGAGAGUGUUUAAAGAAGCAGAGAAGCCCGCAGAGAUGGCAGAGGCACAUCAGACACGCGUGCAGAAAGUGGUCGAAGAAAUGGUCCAAUCUCUGGAGAAGGACCACAUCCGGAAGAUGCAGGGACGCAUGUUCAGAUGCAGCGCAGACUGCUGUGAUCGCCCCUCUGACUCAAUGACCCAGGUCCAUCAGUGUAUCGAGAGGUGUCACACUCCUUUGGCCCAGGCUCAGGGACUGGUCACUUCAGAGCUGGAGAAGUUUCAGGACCGUCUGACCAGAUGCACGAUUCACUGCAACGACAAGGCAAAGGAUCUCUUCGAUUCCGGCUCAAAGGAGCCGGCCAUUCGAUCACUCAUGGACCGCUGUGUUAGCAGCUGUGUGGACGACCACAUUAAUCUGGUCCCUAGCAUGACCCGGAGACUCAAGGAGAACCUGGACUCUAUACAGCAGUGAGGAACGAGUAGUCUGGACUCACUAAAUGAUUUGAGGAUUUCAGUGCAGGAACCAUAAAAGAUGGGAAGAGAUCAGUCCAAAGACUUUGAUGGUUAUUGUGGGAUUUGUUACUUAAGCUUAAAGUUAGUGACUUCUCUAAAUUAAGAAAGAAAUCCAAUGUCAUGUUACUGUGUGUAAACAGUGCAGUCAUGGUAGAUUUAUUAGAAUGAGAUCUAAGUUUUGACUGAAAUAGAGCAACGCUCCGUCAUGUGUGUCUCCUGUGAAGGAAUUUACACGCAGCUCUUCCUGGUCCGGCUACUCGCACUGUCUUGUUUUGUCCUGUCUCAGUUAGGUUUCUAGUUUUUCCUGUGAUUGUGUCUACCUCCACUGCUCAGAUUUGUUUUUAUGUAUGAAUUAAAACAGCAUCAAAAAUCUAA